AUGUCCGUCUAUAGAUCAUUGACGCCGAUUCUACGGUUAUUUGUUAAUAGUCCGAGUAAAGCAAAUGCUUUGCCAUCAUUAUCGAGAUCAUUCUCAGCAUGUUCUAUGAAUCUGUCAAACAUUGGAAACAUGCCCAUAGUGCUACCGGAAGGCGUUAAACUUUCAGUGGAACCCAAAAAAAUUGAUGACGUCUCAUUAUUCAGAAUGAAGCUAGAAGACCAACGUGGCGGCAAACCGAAAAUCCAUAUUACCAAAACUGCUACAAUCACUGGACCAAAUGGCACCGUAAAAGUUGAUCUCGCAGAUUUUGUGCAAGUAGAGCCUUCUGCUGAGUCUUCCGAGAAGAUCCAUGUGUCCGUUGUAAACUCUGAUAAAAGACACCAAAAACAAAUGUGGGGUACUAGUCGGAGUCUUAUUAGCAAUGGUGUUGUGGGUGUCAGUGAGGGUCAUCUAUCUAUUGUCAAGUUUGUUGGUACUGGGUUCCGUGCAAUUUUGGAAAAAACUAAAGAGGGACGUGAGCAACUGAGUUUGAGAGUUGGAUACUGUGUCCCAAUUGUCAUUAAGAUCCCCAAGGAUAUUAAAGUCACCGUCCCUCUACCACAUCGACUUAUUAUCGAAGGUGUUGAUAAGCAAAGAGUUAAACAGUUAGCAGCAAAGAUCCGCAAGCACAGACCACCUGAGCCUUAUAAAGGGAAGGGAAUUUUCGUUGACGGAGAGACUAUCAAGCUUAAGCAACGUAAGAUUAAAUAA